AUGCCUGGAGAAAAUGAAUGGUUAAAACCGCUAAGAGGUAGAAGCAGGACGCGCUGGUAUUGGCCCAGCAAGUACCUGCACAUGGAUUUUACCCUGCAGCAUUAUCUUGCCAUGCAACUCAAACGUAUGGAGACAAGGAAGGACCACCCAUCCAUAAAAAAGCUUUGGGAUACCGUAAGGGUCUUUGAGGCCAAUAAGGCGCAUAUAGAAAAUUUUAUGGACACAGUGGAUCAUGAAACUUUUACUAAGUCUGCUACGCUACACGAUGCUCGAUCGAUGUUGAUGAUGAUAGGGGGGAAAUCGGGUGGAAAAGGCCAAUUACAGCCUACAACAAAUGAAGUCAUCGAUCCUGAUCGGUUUAAACCAUUCGUUCAAUACGCCCUAAUGCCAUUAAGUGGUACCGCCAAGCAUAUGCAGGCCUCGACCCCAAAAAAAUAUAACACGAAGCUUCGUCAAAUGCUUGCUGCGGACGGCAGCGUCACCAAUAUCUGGGCAGUUCGCAACCGUUUCGUAGAUGCGUUGUAUCUCAGGAGACGCGCCUAUUACCUCGCUAAGCUGAUGAGGAAAAAGCCCAUCAGCGAAACAAUACAAAAGUAUCGCAAACACUUCACUGUGCAUCCAGACCAAAAGGUUUUAUGGCCAGACAACAAAGGUAUAUCGCAACAUAGUUGGCCUUCGAGAUAA